AAUUACUUAUAUUUUCUUUGCAUCUUGAUCCCACCUUUUUAUUUUUGACAUUUUGAAUUUUUACACUCGUUAGGAAUCGAUGAGCACAGAGCAACAGACCAAGCGGCGACGCACUGACUCGAGGGCCACUGAUGUGGAGUCGCAGGCGACAGAGACGCCGAGCUCCAAGCCCAGCCCGACGUCCGCACGCCGCACGCCGUCGGGAGCGCAAUCGCUUCCAUCGAUUCGCUCACCGGCGACACCAGCGCUGCAGCAAACGCAGCAAUUGCAGCCAGUGUACUAUCAGGACACCAUUGAUACCAAUUCGAUUCAGCAGUACCAGUACCAGUCUCAGCACCACACGCCGCAAUCGCAUUUUUCGGGCAAUUCGCAGGCCAGCAGCAGCACUCCUGUUCCGUCAGUGUCUAGCGUGGGACACCCGCAGUCGCGUUAUUUCAGCGCCACUCAUCAGCAACAGCCGGGCUCACACCAGCUUGCAAUGGUUGGUGCGCAUGCUUCUUCUUCGGCUCCUGGUGCUGUGCCGACUCCUAUGCCUUCGGUACAUACUACUCUUAACCCCGCGCGCAGCGCAAUGCCCCAGCAGCACCAGCAGUUUUUGGCUGCGUCGCAUAGCAUUCCGGCAACUUUGUAUAGCCAAACGCAUGCUGUCGGCAACCACGACUACAAUAUGUGGUUUUACUCGCAGCCAGCAGCAGCAACAGCAACAUAUAUCGGCGGCGGCGGCAGAUCGCUCUGCUGCGGUGGCUGCCGCUGUUGGCAGUAUGGCGGGGAGCACGAGCGUCAGCCCCGUUUCUCAGCAUGCCCUUGCGCCUGCUGACCAGCAGUAUCCAAUGCAAGGACAGUUUGACAAUCAGAUGCGGUAUAUGACUGUCCCCGGCCAUCCUUCGGGUAUGCCCAAGCCUAUUAACUCAGCGACGGUGCCGCUCGACCGGUCGGGUCGUUCUAACGCAAGCGUUUCUCAGCAACAGCAGUUUCAGAACCAGCCAGCAGCAGCAAUUGCACCAUCAGCAACAGCAGAACCAUGGAGGAUUUCGGCCAUGCAGCAAUACCAUCACCCUUACCAGCAGGCCCAGGUCAACCCGCACUACGCCAACUACUACCAUGCUCAGGUUCAGCAACAGCAACAGCAGCAACAGCAGCACAACAUCCACCAGUCAGUACACGCACACAUGGUGCAGCAGCAGAUGUCGUCGCCCUUCCCAACCCAGGGCUCGGCAGUGGCCGCCACAGCGGGUAUGGGCGACAACAGCUCAGGCCAUGUGCCAAUGGGAGCCUCAUCAAGCAACAGUGUCCUGCACACUGGCUCUUACGGCACAGUGAACAGCACACCGGAUCAGGUAUCGGCGGCCCAGGUGGCGGCUGCCGUGGCGGCAGUGACAGCGUCAGUUCACACGCACCCGAUGCCCGGCGUCAGCAUGGUUGUUGGGGGCAGCAGCAACGGGCCCGUUGUCAGCAGCGGCGGCAAUGCCAGCGGUUGUGGUGUCAUUGGCAUCGGCAGUACAGGUAGACUGGGCAUGGGACUCACCGAGGUGAUCAGUCUGGCAUGCCCGCGUUCAAGUUCACCAUGAACAUGCAGUCGAAUGGCGAGACUGGUCUUCCCGAGUAUUUCGAAAACUACACGCAAAACUAUAUGCCGAGCGCACCUUCAGUCAUGGAGCCCAGCCCCUCGUCGCCAACUGAGCAGACU